AAUUGUUACCUAAACACCACAUGCUCUCAUACUUACGGUCUUUCGUCUCUACUCCCCGUUCCUAAACACUCCUAAACAGUGUCUUAUUAGGAUAUUUCAUCUCUCACACUUAGUUAAGGAACCUAGCAGUCUUUUCUUUCUUCUCCCUCUUUGAUUUUCGUUCCUAAAGUAAGUAUAUGCUUUUCAAUCUUCCUUUUCAGAAAGGGAAAGACAGGGAUAUUAGCGAGAACGAUCCGGCUUGAAAAGAUGAAUAAGUGCGGUCAAGAAUGGCGGUGUGUUUGGUGGGGGGGCUAAAAGGUCGUUAGAUUCAGAUUCGUUCAAGUUCUCGCUUUUAAAGUUUGCGCCAAAGCUUGCUGCCAUUCGAAUCUACCAACCUCAACUAUUGCCGGAGAAUGAGUCGUCUGUUGCCGUUCUCAUGAUGCAUAACUCGCCCAACGGAAAAUAUCUCUUAAUUUGGAUUGUGAAAAAUGCAAUCCGAUGCAUUGCUAUUGAGGGACAAACUCAUACUGAGGGGAUUGAUAUUCCAUGGUUUUCAUGGAGCAAAGCCUGAAGAAAGGAAGCUGGGCCAGAAAUUCUUGGUAGAUAUGGAUGCUUGGAUGGAUCUCCGCGCAGCUGGCAAAUCUGAUCGCUUAUCAGACACAGUUAGUUACACAGAAAUAUAUCGUAUAGCUAAGGAAACUAUUGAAGGGACACCUCACAACCUUCUAGAAUCGGUGGCCCAAAAAAUUGCAUUCACUGCUCUGAGAAAUCAUCAAGAGCUAUCUGCUAUUCGUGUGAAGGUUGGAAAGCCUCAUGUGGCAGUUCAUGGCCCAGUUGAUUACUUGGGCGUUGAGAUUCUUAGACGCAGAAGCGAUUUGACGGACUAGAACUUGCAUAUUUACUGCUGCAGAAUUUAUAUUUCUUCAAGUUCCAUUGAACACAAAAGUAAUUACUCUUCACUCAGUACAACAUACGUCUCUUGUCUCUCUCUUUUAUGAGCCUUACUAAUAAAAAUUAAUGAUGAAUGUCUAGACAUCCC